UGGUGCCCUCGAGAAGCAGGCUAUUACAACGAGAGGCUAAAGCUACAGGGAGGGAGCCAAUGAGCAACAAGACAGAGAUGCAAGCUUGAUGUCUGUCUCUGCUUCACUGUAAGACUUUCAGACGAGGCUCGAACCCUCAGCUUCCUCCUUCAUAAGUCGGUGCUCUGAACUAAUUGAACUACAAUCCCAUAAUGAAGAUGUAUGACCAUAUACAUAUCCCGAGCAUCCCCUUCAGCGUGCUCACAACCACUUGACACCUUCCUUGGUCCCCCUCGCUCAGCUCUCCCACCAUCGCCCUACACUACACCAAGUUGACAUGAUGCCAUCAGUCUGAUCGUCACAAUAGAUACAAUACCUUUGUCACAAAAAGAAAGGACAGUUGUGACUUGUGACUACUAAAAUGCUACAAACAUGCAUUGAUAUAAUUAGCUAAUGACAUGUUCUUAACCUUAGUAUUUGAUUAUUUUAGGAUUAUUGGAAGGGACUAUGGAAAGGUUAAGGCGGAAACAGAACUGCCGGUAGCUGGUUGAACUAUUCAACGGUAGCAAGUGAAAAACAAGUUGGCAUUUGGGUUGGGAUUGGAAUGGAAGGAUCCAAAUAUUACUCGUUUAAGUUUAAAUAAUGUGGAAAUCGAUUCAGUUUUCUUUAGGUUAAUCUGUAUGUGACGACAAAGAAGGUGAAGAAGCAGACUGGCCUGCUCUGAUAAACUGAGAGAUUUGGUGCGUCGUGUGGCCUCUUCAUUUACUGUAUUGGUUGGAUUAUUGCUCCUUGUAUAUCAUCUGUAUUUUACAAUUUGUUUUUAUUUAGUUCAAAACAAAGAGGGAAAAAAAAAGUAAUGGUUUUUUUAGGUUGGCUUGUUCAAACUAAGCCCUCCCUUUGACAUGGUAAUACAAUUCCUGCCAAUGCACCAUUGCUGAUCAUACCAGCUUUCUUCUUCAAACCAUCUCUCUCUCUCUCUCUGGGGCGUGUCAACCAAAGUUCCUCGCUAGGUUUCUCAGUCCUUCUCCUUGAGGAAGGAUACGACGAUGAUAGGCCCUCCUUCUUCUCUUUUUUGAUCAAGCCUCAAUCUUUCUUAAACAAGUUCAAGCUAACCUGCAAAAAUUCUUCACACAUUCAAGUUUCACCAUAUGGGCUCUACUGCUACAAUCACUGCCGGUCACAGAAUUUCGGUGCUUCUUUUGCUUGCUUUCUUCGCCGCCCUGAUUUCCAUCACUCAGGCGGCCACUAACGGCGGUGACUUGAGUGUUCUGAACUCGCUCAAGGACGUCUGGUCAAAUACUCCUCCCAAUUGGGUUGGUGGUGACCCUUGUGGAGACAAUUGGGACGGCAUUGGCUGUAAUGGCAAUCGUGUGACCUCCAUAACAUUGUCAAGCACUGGAUUGUCAGGUCAACUGUCUGGCGACAUUGCUUCCUUAUCCGAACUGCAGAUCCUGGAUCUUUCAUAUAACAAAGGGUUGAGAGGGAAUCUGCCGCAAUCCAUUGGGAACCUGAGGAAGCUAACCAACUUGAUCCUGGUUGGUUGUAGGUUCUCUGGUCCUAUCCCAGACUCUAUAGGAUCACUUUCUCGGAUAAACACUUUAUCUCUGAACUCGAAUGGCUUCACCGGAACAAUUCCACCUUCAAUCGGCAACCUUGCUAGCCUGUAUUGGCUUGAUUUGGCAGACAACCAGCUCGAAGGCAGCAUCCCAAUCUCAGAUGGGGUCACACCUGGCCUCGAUCUCUUAGUCAACACUAAGCACUUUCAUUUCGGGAAGAACCAGUUGACAGGCUCCAUCCCGACUAAACUUUUCAACUCCAGCAUGACUCUCCUACACGUUCUAUUUGACGGUAACAAGCUCACGGGCAACAUUCCCCCAACUCUUGGACAAGUGAGCUCAUUGGAGGUUUUACGGUUGGAUAGGAACUCGUUAACUGGAACUGUCCCUCGCAGCUUCAACAAUCUAGCUAGUCUCACUGAAUUGAGUUUAUCCAACAAUAAUCUGAAUGGUCCUUUUCCAAACCUUACUGGCACGGGAGUCAUUACCACUCUGGAUCUGAGCAACAAUAGCUUCAGUUCCUCGAAUUUUCCUUCAUGGCUAUCAUCCAUGGAGUCCUUGACUACACUAAUGCUGGAGAACACACAACUACAAGGGCCAGUUCCUACUGGUCUCUUCAGCCUUCCCAAUAUACAAACCGUAAACUUGGCGAGGAACGAUUUGAAUGGCACUCUAGAUAUUGGACCGAGUCACAGCAGCCAACUCCAACUAGUUGACAUGCAAUCCAACUUCAUCUCCAACUACAGACAAAGACCAGGCGCCAAUGAAGUUGCAAUAGUAUUGUUGAGGAACCCAGUUUGCGAUGAAACACCAAAUGGACCAACGCCGAGCUACUGCAUCCCCCCAGACCGAAGCUCCAAAUACACGACUCCUCCAAACAACUGCGUGCCAGGAAAUUGUCCAUCCAACAAAACCGCUAGCCCCAACUGCGCAUGCGCAUUCGCAUACACGGGACUGCUUGUAUUCAGGGCGCCUUCCUUCUCCGAUUUGGGCAACGCCACCAUCUUCACCGCUCUCCAGAAGUCGCUAAUGGAUAGUUUCAGGUCCAACCAGCUCCCUGUGGAUGCCGUUCAGCUCAGCAAUCCUAGAAAGGAUUCGUCCGAGUACCUCGACAUUGACCUCAAGGUGUUCCCCUAUGGUCAAGAUUACUUCAAUCGGAGUGGAGUUUCCCGAAUUGCGUUUGCCCUGAGUAACCAGACCUUCAAGCCCCCGGGGAUGUUUGGGCCCUUCUUCUUCCUCGGCGAUGAGUAUACACAUUUUGAUGAAGGAGGAUCUGGAUCGAAGAAAUCAGCGAGCACUGGGCUGAUAAUUGGAGCUGCAGUUGGUGGGACCGUGCUGGUCCUUCUGGUGAUCCUGGCUGCUGUCUAUGCAUAUGGGCAGAAGAAGAAAGCACGGAAAGCAGCCGAACAGAGCCACCCUUUUGCGCACUGGGACGCGACUGAGAACACAGGCGGGUUCCCGCAGCUGAAGGGAGCGCGAUGCUUCUCCUUCGACGAGCUCAAGAAGUACACCAACAGCUUCUCAGACGCCAAUGCCAUCGGUUCCGGUGGCUACGGGAAGGUGUACAGAGGGGUGCUGCCCACGGGUCAGUUGCUGGCCAUAAAGCGGGCGCAGAGGGAAUCGAUGCAGGGAGGGCUGGAGUUCAAGACGGAGAUCGAGCUGCUGUCGAGAGUUCAUCACAAGAACGUGGUGAGCCUUGUUGGGUUUUGCUUUGAACAAGGUGAACAGAUGCUCAUCUACGAGUAUGUUCCUAAUGGCACUCUCAGUGACGCUCUCUCAGGCAAAUCGGGGAUCUCAAUGGAAUGGACUCGAAGGCUGAAAGUGGCAAUCGGUGCAGCUAGAGGUCUAGCCUAUCUCCACGAGCUCGCGGAUCCACCCAUCAUUCACAGAGACAUCAAAUCUGCAAACAUUUUACUCGAUGACCGCUUGAUUGCUAAAGUUGCAGACUUUGGCCUCUCCAAACCUAUGAGUGACAGUGAGAAGGACCACAUUACUACUCAAGUCAAAGGAACCAUGGGGUAUCUGGAUCCUGAAUACUACAUGACACAGCAGCUCACAGAAAAGAGCGAUGUUUACAGCUUUGGAGUCGUAUUGCUGGAGAUAGUAACGGGUAGGCGGCCCAUUGAAAGGGGGAAGUACAUUGUGAGGGAGAUUAAAAUGGCAAUGGACAAGACGAAGAGCUUGUACAACUUGCAAACCGUGAUCGAUCCUGCUAUCUGCAACGAGUCAUUGAAAGGACUUGAUAAGUUCGUCGACCUGGCCUUGUCGUGUGUGCAUGAAUCAGGAGCAGAGCGGCCUUCCAUGGGUGAUGUGGUGAAGGAGAUCGAGUUCAUACUGCAGCAGGCCGGGUUGAACCCCAAUGCAGACUCCGUCAAUACUUCAGGGUUUUAUGAGGAGGCAGAGAAAGGAAGCCCUCAACAUCCUUAUAGCAAAGAGUCGUUUGAGUAUAGCGGGGCUUUCCCACCUUCCAAGGUAGAACCCCAAUAAGAAUAACAACUUUACUGUUAUCCUCUGGUUAACAAAGAAUGGGAUGGGUAAUUGAUGAUUCAUUGAUGUGUAGUAGCUACAAUGUUCGUUGUGCUAGCUUUGCUGUUAUUUCCCUGCAACAAGAAGAUAUUGAGCAUAGCACCAAAACUGUAAUCGAGCCUUUGAGCAACUAGAAGAUUGCUCCUCCUUUUUUGGGAACUUUUGUAGAUAUCACAGAGGAGGGUCUUGUGGGUUUCAUGAUUUGAUUAAUUGGUUUUCGUUUUAAUAAGCAGGAUUUGGUUUC